CCAAAAUAUCAUACUACUCCCACCAUCUAUUUGCGUAGGAUCCGCGAGCAGAGACUCGAGAAUCGAGUCUCGUCCUCGAACCACUUCAAUGUCUGCCGCUGCAGAAGUAGUGUCCGCAGCUGCAACAGAAAACCGCAAAUCCCAGAACCCCAACGAAGGUUGGACUCUCGUUCUCCCUCGCCGUGCCAAAAACAGAUCCAAGAAAUCCCAGAUUCCCAAAUCGCAAUCCUCGAAAAUCCCAAUCCCAUGGGUUCCUACCGAUUUGGGAUCCUCCCAAACCGACCCCUCCACCGAAUCCAAGCUCCUGCAGAAGAUACAACUCUCCGUCAAGAAGCUCGAGUCCUCCGAUUUCUACCGUGCUCUCGCGGACCAGCUCCGAACGCCCCAAAUCCUCCACAGCAUCUGCAGAGCUUUGUCCUCUCACCUCAAGAUGCCGAUGGUGAUCUACGGCAUCGGCAGCAUCGGGUCCUACGACCCGUCUCGGCUCCAGCUCGCGCUGGCGAUCUUGCUCCAGCGAGAUUUCGAUUGGAUCGGACGGAUCGAGAUCUUCGAUCCAGUUAUCUCAGCCGUUGAAUCGAGGGUCAUGGCGGCUCUGGAUUGCUCGGUGUUGUCGGUGGACGAACAGGGACGGAGAGCGGCGGAGGAGCCGACGCUGUUCUUCAUGCCGCACUGCGAAGCGGUGCUGUAUGACAAUCUGAUUGAAGCGAACUGGAGACCGGAGCGGCUGAAUAGGAUUGUGGUGUUCGGGAACAGUUUUGGGCACUACCGGCGGGUCGUGUCGGAAUUCAAGGGGUCUGCGAUUGCCGAUUCCGCAAGGCAUGUUCUGGCUGUGGGGAGGUUCGUGGAGGAGGUCGGAAUCGAGACGGUCUCCGAUGAUUUCUUCCGUGCUUUCCAUGAGACGAGCUGGCAUUUCUUUGAUUUGGAUCCGGGAAUGGAUAUGGAGAGUGUGAAAUUGGAAAGAGAGCUGUGAAGAAAAUGCAACGCAGCUUGAAUGUCUGAUGAAAUUCAUCAACCAGACAUUGUGUUUCUCAGGCUGGGUUCGGCCCUACUCAUGUCAUUUGUGUGUGAGCACUGCUGUGGAUGGGAGUGGAGCCUAACAAUCCGAACCAUCCAACUUCCUACAUUUUUUUCCAUUUUAAACACCAUUUGAACGGCCCACAUUGAGUUACUGAUUAAUAAAUUCUUAUUGAAAUUUGGUAAGACAGAACUUGGAACAUGCUGUGAGCUUGCUACACGAUAGAGAAAUGAAUGUAAUUGUCGUUGCUGGCGUUUUAAAAUGAAGAAUUUUUGGAAUAAAGUAAUGGGAGUCUCCCUAUUCAAGA